AUGGCUCAUCAAUGGGGCCUAGACCAGUUAGACUGGGACACCUUCACAUCUCCAAAAUUCAAGGAUGACGGAUUCCCGCCUCUGAGCAGCUCCGCGAGUCAGUCCGUUAUGAACGGAUCUUCUAGCAGCCUCAAUGCUGCCAACCUAGCAACCCAUAUCGAUCACAAAGUUGGCGCCACGACUCCGCCUCUGAUCGAUCUCGAAAGCUUCGACGACAACGCCAGCUACGUCCCGGCACCUGUCACCAUGUCGCAUGAUCUAGAAGAUCUACUCAUGUUCAGCCCUGUGACUGAGCGUCGUAGCAGCCAAGCCGAAGCGAAGGCCGAGGGAACUCCACAAUAUUUCUCAAGGCCAUCAUCCAGCCAAGCUUCAGUGCGUCUCGACGAUAAAGUACCGAACGCCGAGGCAAGCUUCGUGAAGACUACUUCACCGCACCGGAAGUUCAAGACCAAGAAGGAGCAACAGGGAGCAGCGGAACGAAGCAUGAAGCACUACUUUCCUAUUAAGGAGAGCACUCGCCCGGCACCGGUUGACGCAUGUACCGAAAUCCCCAUCUCACCUCUAAUAACUCCACUAGGCAGUGGCGUCCAUUCUAUGAACAGUUCUGGGUCCGUAUCAAGUCCGCCCAUGACCACUGCUGCGACACGCGAUCCACUCCUCUCGCCAUUGCCAAUUCCUUCUCCGUCAGCCAAUGCCAUGGCUUCUACAAACUCGAUCUCGCCGGCCAAAACUGUACCUGCGCCGAUUCUCCGCCCGACUCCGCCAGAGAUGACCCCAAGUAGUCUUUCAGACAACGGUCGUCCUGCCGCCCAGCCUGGUCUGAGCAGGGCAUACGCAGGCAAACGGAGCGGACCACAGCCUGCCAGCUUCAGUUCAAAGCCCCGCCCUCAGGCUUCGAAGAAUUCGUGGGCUUCUGCUCCCAAAACACGCAAAGGAUCUAAAGGCGCGUGGGUUUCACCGGCCAAAGCUCCUUCCGGACAACGUGCUGCUGAUCGCUCCGCGAGCAGUGGAUCUCGUCCAAAUCCAGUCAUGACCACGACUGCCAGCACAGAUCGCCAAACCGCUCCAGUAGGCCAGUCUCAUUAUCGUGCUGCUUCCGACCUUAGAAACACAGCACGCGAAGUGCCGAACCCUUCAAUGAACCGGUACGCUACUCUUGCAAAGGGACGGCGGGCAGAAGGUUCGAGAAGGCAACGGAGCCCUAAGCCUAUAGCUGAGCCCGACAAUGCGGGCAUGGCUGCGUAUCGCGCCAGAGAGAAGCCGGCCGCAAGAUACCCGCUCCCACGUAACAUCAACCCUUUCUCAACACUUAAGAUCAAUAUCGCCGAACUGCGCCAGCAGAGUGUGUACUCAAAUCUUGCUGAGAUUGCGACAGCCACUGGUACUCACAUCGAGAAGGGAAUGGACGGAAACACCGUGUACCUCGAUAUUCGAGGCACUGCCGAGCAAGCUAAGAUCGCCAUCCAGGAGAUUGAAAAGUGGAUGACCGCAGCGUAUCCAGGAAGGAGUAAGCAGGAGUGGGCCAAAACGGGGGCCGUGACCGAGGCCACAAAGCUAAAGAUCAAGAAGCAAAUCCGCCUCGAGGCUAGAAAGGAGAUGUUUCGGCAGGAACCACCCGAGGGUCUACAGUCCAUGUCAACCGCAGUCUUUCCGUGGCCGGAGAAGAAGGUCUCUUUCCGUCCUGAACAGGUUCUUGGAAGCAACCUUGAGGCAUUGGACCCCAUAAGGAUAGACUGUCAGUGCUUCAUCAUCCUAGAGAAAGGCUCAAAGUCUUUAACACUUCUGGGAGCAACGGAAGAGCUGGUCGAGAAUGCACUCCAGCGCCUCAAGGUUACCUGCGAGCAGGUGCUGGCUCGAAACUUCGAACCCGCCAGGACCAUCUUUCUUAUGCCUCUUAAAGAAGAACUGCCUCGCGAAGUCCAGCUGCUUCCGUAUGGAGGACCCAAAGUCGCAGGCCGCUUCGUCAAUCCGGAACCUCUCGGAAGGUUUCCAAAGCUUAGGCCUUUGGGUGCUGAAACCCAGCAUGAGAAGAACUGUGGUUCGAACUCAAGAUUCUCCGUUCUUUCCUCUCUUGCGGAUAAUUCCAGCGUAGGAUCAGCAUUGUCGGCGGAAGACUUUCAGGACCAUCAGAUUGUCAUUGGACACUUUGAGGAAGAGGUUGCCUGGGCUUUGCAAGAAUUGCGGCAUUUCCGAGGCAAUCUGCAGCUACGCAUCAAGCUGGGUACCCCUGUUUUGACGAAGUACCCUAAGCCAGAGAACAAGAACGAUCAGUACAUCUAUCCUCUCAGCGAAUUUGCGGAAAUUGUCCAGAAUCCGGAGGUGGAAAGCUUCGUCACCCAAGAGCUCGGUCAUCCACGCAUCGAGCAACACAUCCUUGAAUGCCUAGUGAAGAACGGGAGCCAUUUGCUCUGCCCCGAAGAUCCUACGGCAUCCCAGCUUCAAGACGUCAAGCCUGUUUUCUCUGGAUUGUUCAUUAUCAAGUCUCCGGACGGUUCAGGUGAUCUACGCCUGCAAGUGGAUUUCAAGGAAGAGGCGGGGAAUUACGGGACUACUCCCAUGCGCUGGUCAAAGAUUGAGCGCGGCAAAAAAGAACCUACGCUACUACUAGAUGCGAGCACUGUCGACCUCGAACAUGGUACUGCUUGGCAUCUCGGGUUGACUACAACCCAGGGUGUCGAAAAGACACAGCUGCCGAAGCAUUAUGCUGACUUUGCGUUUGCCGACUGGAGCGUGAAGCUAGACGCCAAAUUGGCGCACAAGUUCGGUGAGAACCACCAGUAUAUCACCUUUGGUCGAAAAGGUGUCCCGUCUACGGUCCCGAUCCAGUCCGUAGAGCAAAAAACUGCAUGGCGCUUCUGUCUCAAGGGUAGCGCCUAUAUCUGCGAAGUGGCGAAGAUCAGUACGGUCAAUCUCAUACCACGCCAGAACGGGGUGACACAACUGUCACAACCGGAGGCUCAGAUCUGUGAGCCGCGCUGGAGCGUGUGCGUUUGGCAUAGUGACUGGGACGUGGAGCUCCAAGCUCAUAGCAAGCUCAAAAUAGGCCAAGAGGUGCCAUGGGCUAAGGCUAUGCCCAAGUUCUUCCCAAGCAACGGAUAUGGGGAGGGUAAUAGUGAAGACGGAACCGGAUUCCAGAAGCUGAUGGAGAAGCUGAAGAAACUCGAGGAGUUGAUGGUCGGGAAGGCCGAGUGA